CCUUUUACUUAUUUAAGUCGACUGCUUAUUGUGCAUACUGGCAUUGAGACUAUGAUGCCUAUUUAUUUGUCUUUUUGGAAAGUUUAAUUUAUAUUGAUUUAGUAUUGUUAUUGUUUUUACUGCCUUUGAGCCUUAGUUGGGUAUAAUAAAAAUCCCAUCUUUCCAACCAUCAUCAACCUCCUGAGUCCUCCUUCGAGUUUAACAUCUUGCUCUAGCCGCAAAAGCUAUCCCGACCUUUAACAGUGCAAAACAUCCUUUUCAUACCCACCCAGUGCACGCAGAACUGAAAGGGAGGUUAAUGAAAAGAUGGCGGAGAAGACAGAUGACACAGUCAAGAUUCCAGGCUUCACCUUUCGUUCAAUAAACCCCCCUCCCUCAUCCACCUCGUCUGCACCAGUCCCAUCUGACUCAGGUGCAACUGAAGCCCACUCCCAGAGUCUGUUUUUACCUAAGAUAAGAGGAAAGAAAGUAGUAGAGACACCUGCGUUCACUUUACCUUUCAAUGCCAGCCAAAAUGCCUGGCCUAGUUUUCAGGAAUCUCCGUGGAGGCAGGUGGAUUGGUCUGAAGAGACUAAGGAGGUUCUGAUGGAGUCCGUCCGCUCAUAUAAGCCGGCCUGUGACUCGGUAGCUGCGGCCAGAGUUCUGCUAGUCGGUCCAGUCGGAGCGGGCAAGUCCAGUUUCAUCAGCUCCGUCCAGUCCAUGUUCUACGGGCGGGUCAUGAACCGGGCUAUGGUGGGCUCAUCUUCCAGCUCAUCCACCAGCUUCACCAAGCAGCUUCAGUCGUUUCAGCUCCACGGCAGCAGAGAGAGAGAUGGGAAGAGUAUGGCUCUGGUCUUAUCUGACAUGGCGGGACUCGGGGAGACCAACAGCCCCACCCUUCAUGACAUGCUGGCAACUAUCAAGGGACGCGUUCCAGAGGGACACACGUUCAGUGCCUGCAGUCCUGUAGGGAGCCUCCAUGUGAAGGAGCCUCACCUCGUAAAGAAGGUCCACUGUGUGGUCUUUGUGAUCAGCGCCCUUGAACUCUCAUCCUACUCACAAACCAUGACCUCCACCUUCCAGCAGCUCAGGGAGCAUAUCAGCGCCCUGGGUGUACACCAGGUGGCGCUGUUGACUCAUGUGGAUAAGCUGGGUCUAGCCAGUGACAUCACCCAGGUGUACAGAAGUUCACCUUUGAAGCAUGCGAUGGUGAAGGCCGGUGAUCUGCUCGGCCUGCCCGUCUCCUCCAUCGUGCCGGUGAAGAACUACUCCGAGGAGCUGGAGCUGGAGCCACACACAGACACGCUGCUGCUCAAAGCACUCGACCACAUCCUGCAGUACGUGGAGCUGCACUUCAGAGACCACCCACAGGGACCCCAGCAGGCAGACGAUGCAGACAGUGCCGUUUCCUUCUCAUCACGACCCUCAUCGCUAGAGAAUUAAAAGAUGGUGACAAGUUUAAGCUAUGGCUGAAGAACACCCUCAGAAUUUUUCUGUAGAAAUCUAAGAAUUUUAUAAAGGAAUAUUGUCCUAAAGGGAUUAAAUCUGAUUGUCUUACAGCUAAACGUGUAGCAGAGGAGAUGGUUUUCUAUUUGAUUUUUCUUUGUGACUGGUUUUGUGAUGUGAGUUGCACUGUGCACCUGCAACAAAACUGGCAUUUACUACCAGGGCUGGGCGAUGAAUUUAAUUUAAAUUUAAAAAUGCAAUUAUGGCUUCCAACGGGUAUGAAAACAACAUAUCAAUAUUGACCAAAAUAAAUGUUAUUAUGAUUUGUAUCAUAGUCAAGCUGCCUUAUUCACUAUCAGGGGGAGGUUUGUUGUCUUUUCAUUUUCAUUCACUGUAUUUUGAAGAAGCCUCCUAAUUGGAUAAUUUAGCAGCUACCCUUUAUAUUUUUCUUAAGUGGCAAACCAAUGAGGUUCUCAGAUUCUUUUGUAUUAAAAACUUUGUGGCAA